GCUUUAGAGUGGACCAGAGCAGAAAUAGUUGAGGUAUCUGAGUGUUCUACUGGCAAAGCGGAACACAACAGGCAACUAAAACCUGGAAAUCUGAGGAUUUUUCCAUUCUUUGCUGAAGGUCUGAAGAGAAACUUUUAAUAUGAAUGCAGCUGAUUUUUAAUCUUUUUGACAGUUGACAGAUUCUGAAAAGUGCUGAAAAGCUUUUUUUGCUAUCUUUAGAGUGUAUUUUUGCUUUUGGCAUUGGUAUAUGUACCCCUGGACCUAAGGGCAAUUUCGGGAUAAUUAUAGGGAAGAACAUUAAAUAUUGGCAAGAUACCAUAAUACAGAAAUCCUGCUGAAUCUAAGCCUUCUUAACUACAGCUCGAAGAAAAAGGUACGAGGACGCUCCAUCUGCUGAACUAACCAUGGUUGGUACAGGUGGUCCAGUGGCCACUUUCUCUGUGUGGGAUUAUGUGGUAUUCGCUGGAACGAUUUUGGGGGCAGCUGGUAUUGGGCUCUUCCAGGCCGUUCGAGGCCGCAAGGAGACCAGCAGCGCUGAGUUCUUGUUGGGCGGACGGCAAAUGACAGCGGUGCCGGUUGCCAUGUCCCUCACUGCCAGCUUCAUGUCUGGCAUCACGGUCAUUGGCACCCCGGCCGAGGCCUACCAGUUUGGAACUGCCUUCUGGAUUUUUGGCUUUUCCUAUGCUAUCAUGUCUGCUGUCACUGCUGAGAUCUUUGUCCCACUUUUCUACCGACUGGGGAUCACCAGUGCCUAUGAGUACCUGGAGAUGCGCUUCAGCAAGCCCAUUCGGAUAAUUGGCACAUCAAUGUACAUUGUGCAGACGGCUCUGUACACCGGUUUGGUCAUCUAUGCUCCAGCUCUUGCACUAAAUCAAAUCACUGGACUUGAUCUGUGGGGAGUGCUAGUGGCUACAGGAGUGGUGUGCAUCCUCUACUGCACUUUGGGCGGUCUGAAAGCAGUAAUCUGGACAGAUGUGCUUCAGAUGGUGAUCAUGCUGGCAGGUUUUGUGGCUGUUAUAGCUAGAGGAGCUGUACUGCAGGGAGGCCUGACGAAGAUUUGGGAAGAUGCAGGCCAAGGAGGCCGACUAAAGGCCUUUGAUUUUGACCCAGAUCCUCUGAAGCGACAUACUUUCUGGACCAUUAUAGUCGGUGGUAGCGUGAUGUGGAUCUCUAUCUACUCUAUCAAUCAGUCCCAGGUGCAGCGCUACAUCUCCUGCAAAACCCUGGGACAUGCCAAGAUAUCUUUGUAUGUGAACAUGGUUGGCUUGUGGGUAACUGUGAGCCUGGCUAUGUUUUCUGGCCUCACCAUGUACUCAAUUUACAAGAACUGUGACCCACUAACAAACGGUGAUUUGAGCACAUCUGACCAGCUGCUGCCCUACCUUGUGAUGGAUAUUCUGGCAGACUACCCAGGAAUCCCUGGCUUGUUUGUGGCUGCUGCAUACAGUGGGACCCUUAGCACGGUGUCGUCCAGCAUUAAUGCCCUGGUCGCUGUCACCGUGGAAGACUUUAUUCUCCCUGUGUGCAAAAACCUCACAGAGAGACAAGUGACCUGGAUGAACAUGGGCCUGAGUGUGUUCUUUGGGGCCCUUUGUAUCGGGAUGGCUGGAAUUGCUUCAGCGAUGGGAAGCAUUCUGCAGGCUGCUCUGUCCAUAUUUGGCAUGAUCAGCGGGCCUCUUCUCGGUCUUUACCUGUUAGGCAUGUUUUUCCGCACAACAAAUUCAAUAGGAGGACUACUGGGAAUGAUUAUUGGUCUAGCGUUGACUCUGUGGGUGGGGAUUGGAGGCCAGAUCUACCCACCAACACAUGAGAAGACAAAUCCUCUGCAUCUCAGCACUGUGGGCUGCAAUAGCACCAUGAGCCAGAACUACACAACGACAGCUCCCUGGACCAUAAAAUGAUUUCCUGUGUGUAUCAGUGUCAGACCAGCUUUGGCAGACUCCUGGUACUCUCUGUCCUAUCUCUACUUCUCUCUGUUGGGCGCACUGACGACAAUCGUGUCUGGCCUGCUGGUGAGCAUUGUCACAGGUGGAUGCAAACAACAGAAGCUGAGCUCUGAUCUGUUUGUAAAGAAGAGCGACCUGAUCUGCUUCAGCCGCUUUAGUAAAUCAAAGGUAUCAGAUGCCCCAGAAAAGGCUGCAAAAGAGAUUCACAUUGGAGCUGACAACUCAACAUUCUCAGAAUUUGAUGUGAUGAGCAACGAUGUUGAAAAAGCAACCAAACUGUAAUGCUGCAGUAUCAAUGCACCACUCCUCGUGGAGACAUUCUUAUUUUUAUUUUAUAAACAGAUGAAUGACAAGCCACAAUUAUUUUGCUGCUACAUCGAUGUGGUGCAUUUGAUUUGAGUUGUGCAUUUGGAAAAGAAAAAGAAAAAAAAUGAACUCUAUUACCUGGAUGUGUGUAUGUAUGUUAAUACGACUUAUGAGAUAUUUUAACAAUGUUGCUAAAAAUACAUUAUUACUUAUAUUUUGUAUUAAGAAGGAGCUUGACAUGUAGUAAUAAGGCUCAGAAAACGUAAAACUGAACUUACAAAGAAUGUAAUUUAAAUUUAAAAACUUGACGACUUAUGUCGCUACCAAACUGAGGUGCUUAAACGGCAGAAAAAAAAAGAAAUAGUACGAAAAUGUUCUUCUUCUAUUACAUAAUUCUUUAAUUAAAUAAAGACAUUAAUGCUGUUGUAAUCUUUAUCACAAUAGGGAAAAGGGCACUUAAAGUAGCACAAGGUUACCACAUCUUUUGCUCCACAGAUUGUUCUACCCCCAUUUCCUGUCCAGCAGUGAUGUGGCAAAAUUGUUUUACUUUUAUUUCCCUUUGUUCAGUUGUUCUCUCUUAUACCGACUCCUAGCUCUAUAUUCUGCCUGAACCCUGUACUUCCUCAUUUUAUUCUUACACAGAAUGGCCCACUGGAAUAUUGUUGUUGCCCAUUUGUUUUUGGGUAUUUGUUUAUUGCCCGGUUAUUUUGAUAAGGAAUUAGUUCAAUCUUUAUGAAUUACCUGUACAAAUUAAACACAAAACAACCCUUUAAUAAAUAUUUUGCACAAAAUUCAACAAUGUUGACUGAAAACACACAUAUAAACA